GCCACCACUGAGGACGUCAUCAAUGACACCACGAAGGCCACCAAGGUCACCACGAAGGCCACCAAGGUCACCACUGAGGACAUCAUCAAUGACACCAGUGAGGCCACCAUGGAGGCCACCAAGGUCACCACGAAGGCCACCAAGGUCACCACCGAGGCCACCACUGAGGCCACCACUGAGGAUGUCAUCAAUGACACCAUGGAGGCCACCAAGGCCACCAAGGAGGCCACCAAGGUCACCACUGAGGACAUCAUCAAUGACACCAGUGAGGCCACCAUGGAGGCCAACAAGGUCACCACCGAGGCCACCAAGGUCACCACCGAGGCCACCACUGAGGCCACCACUGAGGACGUCAUCAAUGACACCAUGGAGGCCACCAAGGUCACCACGAAGGCCACCAAGGUCACCACCGAGGCCACCACUGAGGCCACCACUGAGGACGUCAUCAAUGACACCACGAAGGCCACCAAGGUCACCACGAAGGCCACCAAGGUCACCACUGAGGCCACCACUGAGGACAUCAUCAAUGACACCACGGAGGCCACCAAGGUCACCACCGAGGCCACCACUGAGGCCACCACUGAGGACGUCAUCAAUGACACCACGAAGGCCACCAAGGUCACCACGAAGGCCACCAAGGUCACCACUGAGGCCACCACUGAGGCCACCACUGAGGACAUCAUCAAUGACACCAGUGAGGCCACCACGAAGGCCACCAAGGUCACCACGAAGGCCACCAAGGUCACCACUGAGGCCACCACUGAGGACAUCCUCAGUGACACCACCGAGGACACCACCAAGAUCACCCUCAAAGCCACCCCUGGAGCCACCACCGAGGCCACCACGGGCUUCAGUGACACCUCGGAGGUCAGCAGUGGUGGGGUGAGAUGGGUCAGAGGAGCCACCAGCCUGGAGAGGAGCUUCAUGGCCACUGAGGGAGCCACCGGGGCCACCACGAGGGACAGGGACACCAGCGUGGCCACCGAGAGGACCAGCAGGGCCACCAGCGUGGAGAGGGACACCCCUGUGGGCAUGGAAGGUGCCACCAUGGGAAGUGACACCACGGCCACCACCAUGGACAUGGAGGACACCACCGUGGCCACCACCAGGGAAGGUGACACCACAGACAUGGGCAGCAACGUGACAGACACUGCACCAGGCCCUCUAGGAGGUGACAUCGUGGCCACCACCAUAGAAGGUGCCACCACCAUGGGAAGUGCCACCACCAUGGGAAGUGCCACCACUAUGGGAAGUGACACCACCAUGGGAAGUGACACCACUAUGGGAAGUGACACCACCAUGGGAAGUGACACCACUAUGGGAAGUGACACCACCAUGGGAAGUGACACCACUAUGGGAAGUGACACCACCAUGGGAAGUGACACCACUAUGGGAAGUGACACCACCAUGGGAAGUGACACCACUAUGGGAAGUGACACCACCAUGGGAAGUGACACCACUAUGGGAAGUGACACCACCAUGGGAAGUGACACCACUAUGGGAAGUGACACCACCAUGGGAAGUGACACCACUAUGGGAAGUGACACCACCAUGGGAAGUGACCCAGCCCCCACCAUGGAAGGUGACACCACGGCCACCACCACGGACAUGGAAGACACCACUGUGGACAUGGAAGGUGCCACCAUGGGAAGCGGCUCCAGGGCCACCACCAGGGGAAGUGACACCAGAGCAGCUCCAGCAACUCACCUGGAAAGAGACAUCGUGGCCACCAGGGUGGAAAGUGACACCAGGGCCACCGAGAGCACCAUCGUGGCCACCACCAGGGAAGGUGCCACCACCAGGGAAGGUGCCACCACCACAGGUGACACCACAGACAUGGGCAGCAACGUGACAGACACUGCACCAAGCCCUCUAGGAGGUGGCAUCAUGGCCACCACCAUGGGAAGUGCCACCACUACAGAAGGUGCCACCAGGACCACUGAGAGCCCCAUCAGAGCCACCACCACGGACAUGGAAGACACCACUGUGGACAUGGAAGGGGCCACCAUGAGAAGCAGCUCCAGGGCCACCACCAUGGGAAGUGCCACCACUACAGAAGGUGCCACCAGGACCACUGAGAGCCCCAUCAGAGCCACCACCACGGACAUGGAAGACACCACUGUGGACAUGGAAGGGGCCACCAUGAGAAGCAGCUCCAGGGCCACCACCAUGGGAAGUGCCACCACUACAGAAGGUGCCACCAGGACCACUGAGAGCCCCAUCAGAGCCACCACCACGGACAUGGAAGACACCACUGUGGACAUGGAAGGGGCCACCAUGAGAAGCAGCUCCAGGGCCACCACCAUGGGAAGUGCCACCACUACAGAAGGUGCCACCAGGACCACUGAGAGCACCAUCAGAGCCACCACCAGGGAAGGUGACACCACAGACCUGGGCAGCAACGUGACAGACACUGCACCAAGCCCUCUAGGAGGUGGCAUCAUGGCCACCACCAUGGGAAGUGCCACCACCAUGGGAAGUGCCACCACCAUGGGAAGUGACACCACGGCCACCACCACGGACAUGGAAGACACCACCGUGGGAAGUGCCACCCCCAGAGAAGGUGCCACCACCACAGAAGGUGCCACCAAGACCACUGAGAGCACCAUCAGAGCCACCACCAUGGAAAGUGCCACCACGGCCACCACCACGGGAAGUGGCACCAUGGACACUGAGAGCACCAUCGUGGCCACCACCAUAGAAGGUGACACCACCAUGGAAAGUGACACCACCAUGGGAGGUGUCACCACCACAGGAGGUGCCACCAGGGCCACUGAGAGCACCAUCAUGGCCACCACCAUGGGAAGUGACACCACCAGGGCCACCACCAGCACCCUGCCCACCCUCUGCCUCUUCCUCCCACACGGGAGGGGCAGUGUCCUGGUGACCUACAAAGUCCUGCUGGACCCCCUGCCUGGACACGACUCCACCUGGGACCACCGAGCCCUGGACCUUCUAGCCAGGACCACCAGCGCCCCCCAACCCCUCAACUGCAGCCGUGGGGCUGGUCUUUGCUUCACCAUCACCUCCUCCAGGAGGACAAACCACCCUGAGCUCUCAGGACUCAACGCCACUGAGCUCUGCAGGAGGUUCACACCCACCAACUUCAGCCACUUCUACUACCCCCACCGCACCCCCGGGGGCUUCUUCUGCGUCACCAACUGCACCCCCAACCUGCCUGGCUCCUUCGACUGCCACCAAGGACAAUGUCAACUCACCCUGGAGGGCCCCAAGUGCUU